UUUGCUUAACCUGUUAAGCAGGACGUUUUGUGUUUCAGAAUUUCUGGAGACGAAGUUAAUGCAGUAAUGCAGAGUGUCAAGUGUGUGGUUGUUGGAGACAGUGGAGUAGGAAAGACCAACUUACUCUUUACCUACAUCAGAAAGAUCUUUCCUAAGGAUUACAAACCAGGUUAUAUCGACUUGUACCGGACCCAGCUUAAUGUAGACAGCCAGAUUGUCAACCUUAGCCUUGGAGACACCGCUGGCAGUGAGGAAUAUGACCGUCUACGCCCCUUCAGCUACAACGAAGUCAAUGUCAUCAUCAUCUAUUUCUCCAUUGAUAGCCCAACAUCCUAUGAGAAUGUCAAGCGCAAAUGGCAUCCAGAGGUUAAAGACCAUUGCCCUAAUGUGCCCAUUCUCCUUGUGGGAACUAAGAAUGACCUACGUGAUGAUCAGGAGGUCCUGGAGAAACUGAGAGAGCAGAAUCAGACCACGGUCACACAGCAGCAGGGAACAACCAUGGCAAAGCAAAUAAAAGCUGUUAAAUAUCUUGAGUGUGCUUCAAUCAGCUAUGAUGGACUGGAUGAGGUGUCUGAGGAAGCUGUGCGUGCUUUUUUCAGUCAUUCAACCUCCAGCAAGAAACCCUGUGUACUCUUGUAA